UGCCACUUCCGGGAGGGAGUCAGUCCUCCAAGGGAUGGAGCUGCAGGCUCCAACAAUUCUCCCAAUCCUCCCACUUUGAAUGUCUUCUGAGGGAAGAGGUGGAGAUAUCUUCAUCCAGUUUGGAGGGAGCCAAGAAGUGCAGAACCAAGAUGGAAGGGCCAGAGCCAGCUGCCACCCAGAUAGAAGUAUUUUCUUCUGCUGUUGAGGGAGAAAACAAGAGAGCUCUCUGGGAGGACCCUUGGAGGAAAGACUGGGAGAGCAAUCUGCUCCAUUCAGACCUUCAGCGGCAGUGUUUCCGGCAUUUCCGCUACGAGGAGGCCUUGGGGCCCCGAGAGGUUUGCAGCCGCCUCCACUCUCUCUGCCGCCUGUGGCUGAAGCCUGAGCAACACUCCAAGGCAGAGAUGCUAGACUUAUUAAUCCUGGAGCAGUUCCUGGCCGUCCUUCCUGCGGAGAUGGAGCGCUGGGUGAGGGAAUGUGGGGCAGAGACCAGCUCCCAGGCCGUGGCCUUGGCCGAAGGCUUCCUCCUGAGUCAGGAAGAGGAGAAGAAGUGGGAGAAGCGCCAGGUGCAGGACUCUUUUGCAGAUGAGACCAACCAGGUGGAGGAGUCACACAUUUGGGUCGUCCAGAUUGGAGACGGAGAAUAUAUUGUAGUUGGCAGUGAAACAUGGCGAAUCGAUAGUAGCACAACUUUUCCUGAUUCUUUCCUACAAAGCAAUUCUGUGGGACCAGAUCAGAUGACUUUUGAAGAUGUGUCUGUGGAUUUCUCGGAGGAGGAGUGGGCCCUCUUGGAUCCAAGCCAAAAAGCUUUGCACCAGCAGAUCAUGGAGGAGAAUUUGGGGAUCAUGUCAUCUCUGGGUAAAGCUCCAUUUAUGCUUGCAGUUCACCAAAUCAGUUUGCAAGUACUACAAAACAUCCAGUAUUUCAGAGUUCUUCCUCUGAAGCCAUAG